AGCUGCCCGCGGCUCCACGCUCGCCGUGUAACCCACCGCGUCUCUGGGCCGUCCUCGCUUCGUCUCGGCGUCAAUUUCGACUAAAGUCGCCUCCACGAGUUUGCUUCGUCGGCGUCGUGAACGGGGCCAGAAUCAGCGGCGCGCACGUAGUGAUACGUUCGUCGGUCGCAAGUAGACGCGGUGCGGGGACGCGACGCGGGAAGAGGCCGGCUUCAUACGCGUAGGCCGGAGGAGCACGUGGCGCCGACAUGCCUCACAGGAAAACCAAGCCGUUCAUCGACAAGCACAGCGCGGUCAAGUUCCACCUGGUCCACCGCAGUCAGCACGACCCGCUGCUGACGGACGAGACAGCCCCCCAGCGCGUGCUGCUACCUGCGAUCAAGAACAGCGACCUUGAAAAGAGAAAAGAACAACAGCGCGACUUUGGCGUCUUCUUCGACGAUGACUACAACUACCUGCAGCACCUGCAGGAGGCGUCGCGGCCCGCAGAGUUGGUGUCGGCGCCGCCGAAACGAGCGCAGGAUGCAGCCAUCGAGAUUGUGCACAUCCCGGCUGCGAAGGUGCAGCUGCCCUCCUCCGUGUUUGCGUCGGAGUUUGAGGAGAAGACCGGCUUGCUGAAUCGCGCUGCUCCCGUUCCCGGACCCCGUCCGGACUGGGACCCCGACGUCGUCGCGGCUCUCGACGAUGACUUCAACUUUGACGACCCAGAUGCGGAACUCGAUGACGAUUUUGUGAUGCAGGCGAACGCUGAAGGAGGCGACGCAAAGGGAGCGGGCGAUGAAGGCGCGGGGGAGUGGGAGGACGUGGACGACUCGGACGACAUGAGUUACGACUCGGACGGGCCCGGCACGGACGACGGCAGCCGCGGGAAGGAGUGCCUCUUCAUGGACGAGGAGACAAAGACCAGGUUCACCGACUACUCCCUCACCUCGUCGGUGAUGCGCAGGAACGACCAGCUCACGCUGCUGGACGACCGCUUUGAGAAGUUCUUUGCGGCGUACGAGGAGGACGAGAUCGGAGCACUCGACCACUGCGAGGUGGAGGGCAGCAUCCCCGCGGGCAGCACUCGCCUGCAGGCCGCGCUGGACGACUUCCACGCCCGCGAGCAGGCAGAGCACCAGAGGCCGGACGCGAACCAGGAGGGGCAUCACAAGCGUGGGCCGAGGAACAAGGAGCAGGGCCAGGAGGAGAGCGACGAGGAGGACGACGACGACGACAUGGUGGAGGUGGCGACGGAGAAGCCGGCAGAGAAGUGGGACUGCGAAUCGAUUAUCAGCACGUAUUCCAACCUCUACAACCACCCAAAGCUGAUUGAAGAGCCAUCAAAACCCAUGCGCGUAUCGCGCAAGACGGGCCUCCCGCUGGGCGUGCUGCCCCAACGCGGCCCCACGGCGCGCCAGGUGGAGCGCAUGGGCACCGUGACGGCCGCCGACCUCCCCCGCGCCGCCGCCGUUCCCCGGGCGCCGGAGGAGACCCCGGAGCAGCGGCGCGCGCGCAAGCACGCCAUCAAGGAGGAGCGCAAGGACCGGCGUCUGGAGAAGAAGGCCAACAGAAUGGCUUUCAAGGAAGAGAAGGCCCGGCAGGAGAAGGUCGUGCUGAACCUGAGGCAAAACCUGCAGGGCGUGCGUCUCACGUGAACGUGCGUCUCACGUGAACGUGCGUCUCACGUGAACGUGCGUCUCACGUGAACGUGCGUCUCACGUGAACGUGCGGCACUGGCUGCCAGGGGAGACGGUGUUCCGCGGUGGAGCAGCAGCUCAGCCGCUGAAGCCUUCGUCUGUCGGACAUUCAGAACAUUAGGACGGACACGCGCACACGCACACACACACUACACGGAUUCAUAAUAAAGUAGGCAAUAUGCACCCGUAUCUCAAGUUAAUGAUGUGCACAUGGUGGGGGGUGGUGGAUUUGCAUUUUAAGAGUUUGAAGAAGAGGGAUUAUUUUUUGGAGGGCAAAAGAGAUGUGUGGAGUAGAGGGAAAUGAGAUGACACAGUAUUGGGCCUUAAAAAAAAAAAUGAGCAAACUUAAAAAAAAUGUGAAUUAAGAUGCAAGGACUGAAGCUCCCCGCCGGUUCAAGCUGGGGGCUUCGGUUCCUGGAGACGCUGCAGCCACGGGGAGCUAAACGUUGGGUACGACUCCGAAAAAGCGGAGCCAUUCAUUUUUACUUGAUCCAACGUGCGCACCCCUGCAAGAAGGCUAGCGACGCCGAGUUGGGCGUUGUUGUAUCUGCUUAUCAGUUGUAGCCGUGCCGAUUCGAGCGAGUUGGGCGGAACGAGUGGAGCAGCAAGCCUUUACGUGGCCACCCGAGUUGCUGAUCGUGCGUAUGGAGCCAGUGUGUACACCGCGACCUCCCCUGCAUGGCUAUCCGAGUUGCCAAGCGAGCGUGUGCACAGAGACAACCCCCCACGUGGCCAUCCGAGUCGUGUGCGGAGUGCGCCCGGCACGCGCCACAUGGGGCUGUCGAUCUUUUCCGUUGCCCACCUUUUGCGUCGACUUGACUUAAAUAUUAAAGGGGGAAAAAAAAUCCUAACCCCAUCCUUGCGUGCAUCUUGAUAUAUGUUAAUAGUACAUUUUAAUUAAAACGCCUGAUCAAGUACAACAGGGGCAUACUCGCCCAAACGGUGUACUGGGUUAAAGGGCGUUAUAGAAACAUUUACAUCUUUGUUUUUGGUUGGCAGACUGCAUGCGGGCUUUCUUAGCGUGAAUAGAGGGCUCCGAUAAUGUCCAUCUGAACAAAAUCAAUUUCUCUGUGGCGCUUAAUGGCUUUUUGAAAUAUGAAAGAAACAUUUGUACAUUUGAAACAGGUUGUAGCAUUGUGAAUUGGGGGGUUGCUUUGUGCUUGCUUUUUUUAUUAUCGAUUUUGCGCUGCGACUAAUAAAGAGAUGACAUUUA